AUGGAGAUAAUAUUGCAUGAUGGCAAUAGCACAACAAAGGAGACAACAAGGCAGAAGAGGAGAUAUACAAAAGAUAGAUUGAUACAGAGUUAUUCCAGGGAAGAUAUGAAACCAUACUUCAAGAUGCCAAUAACUGAAGCAGCUAAGGAGCUUGAUGUUGGAGUAACACUCUUGAAGAAGAGAUGUCGUGAGUUGGGUUUUUCUCGAUGGCCUCACCGUAAGCUUACGAGCAUUGACGGCAUCAUCACUAACCUCAAGGAUCACUUAGGGAAGAUGAAGGGAGAAACGAACAGGAGUAAUCUAAUGAACGCUUUGGAGAUUUUGGAGGCGGAGAAGAAAAUGAUUGAGGAGUUUCCUGAUUUGGAGUUUAGGGAUACGACGAAGAGGUUAAGACAGGCUUGCUUUAAAGCUAACUACAAACGAAGAAAACUCUUGUCUUCUAUGUCUACCACAUCGUCUGUUUCGUGA